AUUCAAAGCUCUACCAGACCAGUAAUUCAACUGGCCAAGCAAUUACGGGGCGGAGGUUCCUUCCAACUUCCAAGCAAUUCAAUUGGCCAAAUCAUUCCACGCACACCCAAAUCCAAACCCAAACCCAAAUCGCCAAGCACCCCCAGGAACCUCGCGGCGGCGACCGACGCGGCGACCGGUGGGGGGUAGUAGGGAGCGGCGAGCGGGCCGGAUCGGCCGUCUUGGGGGGAGCGAUGGGCUCGGGCGAGAUGACGGCGACGGAGGUGGCGGCGCUGCUGGAUCUGAAGCCGCACCCGGAGGGCGGCUACUACGCCGAGACCUUCCGCGACGGCUCCGUCUCCGUCACCACCGCGCAGCUCCCGCCGCAGUACAAGGUCGAUCGUGCUAUCAGCACUGCUAUCUACUUCCUGCUUCCAUCAGGGAGUGUUUCUCGCCUUCAUCGCAUUCCCUGUGCUGAAACAUGGCACUUCUACAAGGGAGAGCCUCUCACGGUCUUUGAGCUACAUGAUGAUGGGCACAUUGACCUCACUGUCAUUGGUCCGCACCUGGAAGCUGGUCAGCAUCCCCAGUACACUGUGCCACCAAAUGUGUGGUUUGGUUCUUUCCCUACUCUGGAUGUUGAGUCCUUCGCAUCUGAUGGCAGUGUUCUAGUCAAGUCUCGAAAGAGGGAUCCUGAGCUUCAUUACUCUCUAGUUGGUUGCACUUGUGCCCCUGGCUUCCAGUAUGAGGACUUUGAAAUGGCCAAUUUUGAUGAUGUGAAGACAAUAGCUCCCAAGGCAGAACCGUUCCUCAAGUACCUUAUUCCUUCCACUGAGUAAAGCACGAUCGGCGCUGCAUGUUUCAUGUUUGGCAGAUUGCCUGACUGUAUUGGGUGCCAUUUAUAGUGUGAUUCCUUGGGAUCUGUAUUUUUGUCUUUGUACUCCUAAGCACACGCAUGUGCUAGUGAUAGUUUGUAACAUUCUCUGUACCAUAACAGAAUAAAUACUUUGAGGCAAUGUUGAGAUGGAAUUUCCUUGUGCCAAGCCUUCCAGAGUUGGAAAUGAGUAUAGUGAUGAAAUAUAUAUGCUCUGAAUGACC